AUGCCUCAAGAACUUGCUCCGUACCAGGUGCUGGUUCACCCGUACCGCGCGCCCGAACGAGGGACUUGCGCCUACGAACGGGGAAAUUCGACGGCGAAGAAUGCAGUCAUAUUUAUCGGCGGCCUCGGAGACGGACCCCACAGCGUUUCAUACGUCGGGGCCGUGGCUUCGCGUCUCUCAACCGAGAGGAGCCUCGACUACUCGCUGUUUGAGAUGCGCUUGCGAAGCUCCUUCAACGGCUACGGGACUUCGAGCUUAGCAGCGGACGUCGAGGACAUCUCGGCCCUCGUCAAGUACCUACGAAGUAUAGGUAGAGAGAGGGUUGUGCUGUUUGGCCAUUCAACUGGUUGCCAGGAUUGCAUGGAAUAUGCGGACUACGCCAAGCAUAACAAUGAGCCAGUUGACGCGUUUAUUCUCCAAGCCCCAGUCUCCGACAGAGAGGCCCUUGAGGAGGUCUAUCCAGAGUUUCAAGAGAGUCUCGACCUGGCGACGCAGUGGAUCGCUGAAGGCAGGGCGAACGACUGCCUCCCAAGCGACAAGGUCCCUCCCAUGCUUGCGGCACCAAUGUCGGCCUAUAGGCAGCAUUCGCUUUGCGCUAAAGGUGGCGACGACGACUACUUCUCAUCUGAUCUAGAUCCCGAAACGGUUUCGCGAUUCUGGGGACGGUUCGAGAAGCCUGUUUUGGUUCUUCCUUCUGGAGAGGAUGAGUUCGUCCCCAGCCACAUCGACCAGGAAGUGCUCCUCAAGACCUAUCGCGACGCCAACCCGAUAGACCAGGCCAUGGAUCCGUACGGCGCCCAGCAGGUUCUCCUGCACACCGGCUCCUUCACGGGGCUGAGGCCGGUCCAGCAGCUUGGGAGUGGUUACCUCACCGCCACCUCUUCGUUCAAGCAGCCGCUCUGCGGCAACGAGGAGGGCUGGGGACCGUUAAGCCCGUACCGCUACGACUUCACACCAUGCUUCAUAGACGUCUGGGUCGCGACCGUGGCCGUGUAUGGACUAUUGUUCGGACCCAUCGCCAUCUGGUGGCUACUCAAGAAGAAGCAGCAGCUUGAGCAUGGAGCCACCAAGAACCUGCACUUCUGGAUCAAGCAGAUCCUUCUUGCGGUGAUCAUCGCAGACGUUGCUGUACAAUUAGCGUUCCAGAUCAUCGAGUAUCGCAACAUAUGGGCUGGCGACUUCCGUGUCUGGACUACUGUCUUGACUAUCUUCUCCCUGGGCGUUAUCUUUGCGAUACAGUGGCUUGAACAUUCACGCUUAAGGAAUGCCAACGGAGUUGUCUUGUUCUACUGGCUUCUGCUCAUCAUCGCUCUUGCCGUCAAGCUGCGCUCUCUGAUUUCACAGCAACUCUACGCUACCAAUCUGCCUUACUUCAUCACCUACUGCAUCGGUUUCGGCCUCUCCGUGGUCGAGUUUUUGGUGGAGUGGCUUUGGCCACGGAGCUCGACGCCUCGCGGAUACGAGGCCAUCUCCGAGGAUGAGGAGUGCCCCGUGGAAUAUGCCACCGUCUUCUCGAAGCUGACCUUCUCAUGGAUGACCCCCAUGAUGAAGUAUGGCUACAAGGUGUUCCUGACGGAGAAUGACCUUUGGGGCUUGGCGAAAUCGGACCAGACCAAGAACACUGGAGAAGCAUUCGAGGACGCUUGGCAACACGAGCUCAAGAACCGGUCCAACUCGCCCUCUCUGUGGAUUGCUCUGUUCCGGGCAUAUGGUGGCCCGUAUAUCAUCGCUGCCUUCUUCAAAGUCGGCAACGAUGUCGCGCAAUACAUUCAGCCCCAGCUCCUCCGAAUUCUCAUCAACUUUGUCAAGUCCUACGAGGGUGGUGCCGAGCCGCAGCCAGUCAUUAAAGGUGCCUCCAUUGCCCUGGCUAUGUUCGCCUGUGCUGUGUUCCAGACCACUAUGGUGCACCAAUACUUCCAGCGGGCUUUCGAAACGGGCAUGCGAAUCAAGGGUGGCCUUGGUUCGACCAUCUAUCGCAAGUCCCUGCGACUGUCCAACGAAGGUCGGUCGUCAAAGACCACUGGCGACAUUGUGAACUACAUGGCUGUGGAUGCCCAACGUCUGCAAGACCUUACGCAGUUCGCUCAGCAAGCUUGGUCCGCCCCCUUUCAGAUCAUCAUUUGCAUGGUGUCACUGUACAACUUGGUUGGAUGGUCCAUGAUGGCCGGCAUCGUCGUCAUGAUCAUCAUGAUGCCUGUUCAGGGAUUCGUCGCCCGGAUCAUGAAGAAUCUGCAAAAGGACCAGAUGAAAAACAAAGACGCCAGAAGCCGCUUGAUUAACGAGAUCAUCAACAACAUGAAGAGCAUCAAGCUCUACGCCUGGGGCUCCGCCUUCAUGAACAAGCUCAACUACGUCCGAAAUGAGCAAGAGCUGAAGAAUCUGCGGAGAAUUGGCGCCACGCAGGCAUUCGCCAACUUCACGUGGAACACUGCCCCGUUCUUCGUGUCCUGCUCAACCUUCACCGUCUUUGUUCUCACGCAGGACAAGCCUCUAUCCACAGACAUUGUCUUCCCUGCUCUUGCUCUCUUCAAUCUCCUGACCUUCCCCCUUGCUGUCUUGCCCAUGGUCAUUACCUCGAUUGUCGAGGCAUCAGUGGCCGUCGGUCGUCUGACGUCAUUCCUGGCUGCCGAGGAGCUUCAGCCAAAUGCCAUCACUAUUAAGCCCGCCCCAGAGGAGAUGGGAGAGGAGACCGUCAUUGUUCGCGACGCAACCUUCUCUUGGAACCGCCACGAGAACAAGCAUGCCCUUAAGGAGAUCGACUAUACUGCCUACAAGGGCGAACUUUCCUGCGUUGUCGGCAGAGUCGGUGCUGGCAAGUCGUCAUUCCUGUCCAGUAUUCUUGGUGAUCUUUGGAAGGUCAAGGGCGAGGUCGAAGUCCGUGGAACCAUUGCGUAUGCCAGCCAACAGAGUUGGAUCCUGAACGCCACCGUAAAGGAGAACAUUGUGUUUGGAUACCGCUACGAUUCUGAGUUCUACGAACGGACGGUCAAGGCCUGCGCCCUGAUAGACGACUUCGCCCAACUUCCGGAUGGCGACGAGACAGUCGUUGGCGAACGAGGCAUCUCAUUGAGUGGAGGCCAGAAAGCUCGCGUUGCGCUUGCUCGUGCCGUCUACGCCCGCGCCGAUAUCUAUCUACUGGAUGACGUCCUGUCGGCGGUCGAUUCUCACGUCGGCAGACAUAUUAUUGACAACGUCCUCGGUCCCCGCGGUCUCUUGUCUACCAAGACCAGAAUUCUCGCCACCAAUGCUAUCGCCGUCCUUCGCCAAGCCAGCUACAUUACUCUUCUCAAGGACGGCGAAGUCGUCGAAAAGGGUACAUAUAACCAACUGGUGUCGCGGAAGGGGCUUGUCGCAGACCUGUUGCGGACUGCUGGCCAUGACUCCAAUGGCAGCGGAUCGAGCAGUGCCAGCCCGCCAUCGAGUGAGACUUCGACUGUCAUCGAGCCUGAAACCGUGCAAGACAAGGAGGAAAUGGAAGAAGCUCUGGAAGAUGUCCCUGAGAUGGCACCUAUCAAGUCCGCAUCCAUGGCCGUCAAGCCGCGAUCUAGCAGCAUGGCGACCCUUCGGCGCGCCAGCACUGCCAGCUUCAAGGGUCCCCGCGGCAAGCUCACAGACGAAGAGGUUGCCGGAAACACAAGAACUAAGCAAGCAAAGGAAUUCGUCGAGCAGGGCAAAGUCAAGUGGUCUGUAUAUGGCGAGUACGCCAAGGAGAACAAUCUGUUCGCUGUCAGCAUCUACCUCCUGGCUCUGCUUGCGUCACAGUCAGCCAACAUCGGUGCCUCCGUUUGGCUGAAGGAAUGGUCUGAUGAAAACCAGAAAAAUGGGACGAAUGACCAUAUCGGAAAGUUCAUUGGCAUCUACUUCGUCUUCGGUAUCGGAUCUUCAGCUCUCACCGUCGUCCAAACUUUGAUUCUUUGGAUCUUCUGCUCGAUCGAGGCGUCUCGAAAGCUUCACGAGCGAAUGGCCAAUGCCAUCUUCAGGUCACCUAUGUCGUUCUUCGAUACCACGCCGACGGGGCGGAUCUUGAACAGGUUCUCGAGUGACAUCUACCGCGUUGAUGAGGUGCUGGCGCGGACGUUUAACAUGCUUUUCGUAAAUUUGGCCAAGUCCGGCUUUACAUUGGCCGUGAUCUCAGUUUCGACUCCGGCAUUCGUCAGCUUCAUCAUCCCGCUCAGUCUGACGUACUAUUUCAUUCAGCGGUAUUACUUGCGGACGUCUCGCGAGCUCAAGAGAUUGGACAGCGUGAGCCGCAGCCCGAUCUACGCUCACUUCCAAGAGUCGCUCGGCGGCGUUACCACUAUCCGCGCCUAUCGGCAGCAGCAACGAUUCGAGCUCGAGAACGAGUGGCGAGUCGAUGCCAACCUCCGAGCCUACUACCCGUCAAUCAGCGCCAAUCGCUGGCUCGCCGUCAGGUUGGAAUUCAUCGGAGCCGUCGUCAUCCUGGCCGCCGCUGGCCUCGCCAUUAUCUCUGUGACAAAUCACACCGGGCUCAAGGCUGGAUGGGUCGGUCUCGCCAUGUCGUAUGCGCUGCAGAUCACUACCUCGCUCAACUGGAUCGUUCGCCAGACGGUCGAGGUCGAGACGAAUAUUGUCUCGGUGGAGCGUGUUCUGGAGUACGCCAGACUACCCAGCGAGGCACCCGAGAUCAUUCCGGGUAAGCGCCCGCCGGUCGCCUGGCCUGCUAAGGGCGAGGUGGACUUCAAGAACUACAGCACCCGCUAUCGUGAGGGGCUGGACCUGGUCCUCAAGAACAUUAGCUUGGACAUCAAGUCUCAUGAGAAGAUUGGCGUCGUUGGCCGAACCGGUGCUGGCAAGUCGUCUCUGACACUUGCCCUGUUUCGACUCAUCGAGCCAGUCACUGGCAACAUCGACAUCGACGAUCUCAACACAUCGUCCAUCGGCCUGCUGGAUCUUCGCCGCCGGCUCGCCAUCAUCCCGCAAGAUGCCGCUCUGUUCGAGGGCAGUGUUCGCGACAAUCUCGACCCCGGCCAUGUCCACGACGACACAGAGCUCUGGAGCGUUCUCGACCAUGCCCGGCUCAAAGACCACGUUGCCAAUAUGGACGGUGGCUUGGAGGCAAAGAUCAAUGAAGGAGGAUCCAACCUCUCGCAAGGCCAACGGCAGCUCGUCUCGCUCGCCCGUGCGAUGCUCACGCCGUCCAACAUCCUCGUCCUGGACGAGGCCACCGCGGCAGUUGACAUUGAGACAGACGCAAUGCUCCAGGCGACCCUGCGCUCCCCCCUCUUCUCCAACCGGACCAUCAUCACCGUCGCACACCGCCUCAACACCAUCCUGGACAGCGACCGCGUCGUCGUCCUCGACAAGGGCGAGGUCGUCGAGUUCGACACGCCCGCCGAGCUGUUCAAGAAGCAGGGUGUCUUUUACGGCCUGAUGAAGCAGGCCGGCUUGGAGCUGGAAUAG